AUGACGAGGCCACGGAUUGUGCGUGCUGACACCCUUGACCUCCAAGACCACAACGCUCCUUCGGCCAAGGACCACACACGGCAACCUACUUAUUCAGCCGGAGUUGCCCCUCACCAGGAGCAAACUCUUCGCCAUGUGGACGCAGACGCCAAGUCCGAGAUCAUGCACGGCCCUGGCGCCGAAGGCCGCCAGGAUGCUGAAUACGGCGAUGGUAUCGAUAUAUACGAUGACGACGACGACGAGAUCGAGGAUGUCGAUGAAUUGGGCCACGACCAACACAGGGGUGACUUGGGGGGCUCAGAAGAAGGCGACCUCGCAGAUGGGGAAAGUGAUGAUAUGAUGGAUGAUGAUAUGAUGGACAAGAUUUCCAGCUCGCCAUCCAUUGACGACGAAGACAUUGAUUUCGAAUUCGUUUAUGCCCUUCAUAACUUUGUCGCGACCGUUGACGGACAGGCCAAUGCGGCGAAAGGCGAUACAAUGGUUCUUUUGGAUGAUAGCAACAGCUACUGGUGGCUUGUUAGGAUCGUGAAGGAUGGCAGUAUUGGGUACUUGCCAGCGGAGCACAUUGAGACGCCCACGGAGAGGCUAGCCCGAUUGAAUAAACACAGAAACGUAGAUCUAUCUGCGACCAUGCUUGGAGACAAUUCCGAGAAAUCUAAAAACCCGCUGAAGAAAGCUAUGCGUCGCCGAAAUGCAAAGACCGUUACUUUCACCAGCCCGACAUAUAUCGAAGCAUCGGAUAUAGACUUCUCGAGUGACGAGGAGCUGGACGACGAUGCCUCUUUCAAUGACGAAGACGUUUCCCGUGGGGACGCAGAUAAUCUACACAAUGGUGAUAACGACGAUAUUGUCGUCGAGCCUCUUAGACCCAAGUCGAAGGGGGCCGACGAAGACAGCUUACAGGAAGCGCAAGAGCCCGACGGAGCCAGUUCUGGGCAGCGCUCCAGUCAGGAGAUGUUUGAGAAUGAAGUCGACAAUAUGGUCAGCAGAUCCAGAAAUGGCACUGUGCGGAAUACAGACUCCUUUUUCAGGGAUGAUACUGUGGAGACCAAGAAGAUCUCUCUGACACCAAACCUUCUUCGCGAUGAGGUAGGUGGCGGUAGCGGUGUUUCCCAGCAGGGCCGUGGCAGCAUGGAAGCAAUCGAUAAGGCACUUAGUGCUAUUGACAAGAGCAAGGAUGAUAAGAAGCGCAAAGAUAAAAAGCCCGGAAUGCUCAGUGGUCUGUUCAAACGGAAGGACAAGAAGAGCAGAACGAACGACGACGACACUGAUGAGGCAGAAAAGACCUCGACAGAGUUGUCUCGGACAUCUCCUCAACCGAAGACGUCGUCGGAUUCUUUGUCAUCCCCCGAGUCGGCUCGGUCGCCCAAACCUUUGGUGGUACAAAGACAGACCAAUCAGAAUCCUGUUCAGAAUAUAGAAGAGCCAAAGCCUGUCAUGAGUCCGAAGGCAGAUCAGACCAUCCGACAAGUGCCUUCUGAAGAGGCGGACGAUAUUCCGUCGUCACCUUCCGUGGGGCCUUUCGACGACAGCCAGGAAGUUAUCUCGUCUUCCGUCCGGGUGCCAAGCCCUUUGAAGAAACCGACUGCAGCUCCACUUGAACCCCAAGAAUACCUGGACUCGCCUAUUGAGCCUCAGAGUGACUGGCAAUAUGUGUCUGAGAACAUGUCGUAUCCUCAGCGUUCGGUGGCGUCUCCACCACAGAGGUUCCAACCCAAGCCACUGAACUACCAGCACCACCGUCUAGACUCACCUCUUGGUGUGUCCCCGCAGGAAGCUCCAGUAUCGCCUCUUACACCAGGAUUGAGGGCAGGCCUUCCAUCCUCUGACAGGCAUUCCGCCUCAUCGGUGUCCCCGCCUUUGUCCCCUGUUGCUGGUGCUGGCGACCACAGGAGCAUCGACGCCACCCCGGCGUUGUUCGAGACUGCGUCUGCUGGAACACCGACGUGGAGCGAUGCUAGCCUGCGAUCAUACUUGGAUGACGAAAACGACAUUCGUGAUCUAUUUAUCAUUGUUCAUGACAACUCCAACAUUCCGCCUGCCGGUCCGGAUCACCCGAUUACUGGCUGCCUCUUCAAGGAAGAGAGCAAGAGGCUGAGAGAGAUGACCAGCCAGCUGGAUACCAUGCUGGCUGAGUGGGUAGGCCGGAGGACGCGGAAUGCCGCGAGCAAAUGA